UUCUUGGUAUAUCUAUAUAAGAAACACUAAUUUUUACUCCUAAAAACAACUCAAAAUGGCUUCUAUCUAUGACUAUCAGACUCAAGAAACAAACAAGAUUGGAAAGUCCUACCAAACAAAUUCAGUCGACGAGUACUGCCCAAGCCACAGAGUGGAGUAUGUCGCUUACGAUCAAGAUACCGGUGAACUCCUCUGAAACUGCUGAAUCUAUGAGAAGAGGUCUGAAAACCUCGUAUUCAAUGCAGUUGUAGCUAAGAGACUUCAGGAGAUCUACGAAGAGAAGUUUAACAUGUACAAAGAGUCUCUCUCAAGGAUGCAAGGACUCUCCAGCAGACUUGUCUCAACCAAACUUCAGGAAUCCAUGAAAGGUUUCUUUGCCAAUCUCAAGGGACAUAUCAGAAAAGUUUAUUCCCAUGUACUCAAAGAGCUGAGGAACAGUAAAAAUCUUCAAGAGAUUAACCAAAUUCUCAGAGAUGCUGAAAGAUGCUUUAGCGAGAAACAAGCUCUAGGCUUUACCCAGAAAAGGGACUCAUUCAUGGAUUUUAUCUCGAAAGGACAAUUCACUACAAUUGCAAUGAACAAGAGUCAUUAUGAUGAUAUUAUCAAAAUGCUUGAUGAACAAUCCAGUAAACUUGAAGCUGUAGCAAAGGAAACAGAGCUUAGAAUGACCAAAAUCCUUAAGAUUAACAAAAAUCCUCAACUUAUCCAGCAGAAGAUGCAUGAGAUAGUUGAUAAAUGUAUGGAAAUUGACCCAGGAAGAUCAAAAACAGAGUUACAACAACUGAAAUAUAUAAGUCAACGAGAUUUGGACACUUAUAAGCCCUCUCAGGGUACUCUGGUUGAAUCCAAUUUAACCGAAUCGGAAGGAAGAAUUUUUGAUAUUUAUUAUAAUAAGAGAUCUGAUAAAACUCAUGAGAGUUCAAAAAAAUCAAUCCCUGGUCAGAAUGAGGCACGAAAUCAACAAAAUUUCAAUCAGCAUCCAUUAUUAUCAAGCAUACCUGAUAUCCCAAGCAACUUUGGAUCAACCAUUCCUCAAUCAACUUCAAAUGCUCCCCAACAGAAGAAAAAUAAUCCAGCUCCUCAAAAGCAAAAUAUAGCCCCUCAAAGGCAGAACAUAACUCCGCAAAGAGCAAAUAUUCCCUCUCAAGUACAAAAUAUUCCUCAACAAAGACAGCAAAUGACUGUUCAAAGACCAAACAUGGCUCAUAAGACUCAGAAUGUUGCACCUCAGAAGCCAAAUAUUCUUUCACAAAGGCAAAAUAUCACCCAAAAGCAAGAUGUUCCUCUUCAAAGGUAUAAUACAAUCCCUCAGGCUCAUAAAAAUUCUGCUACGACUGCUCAAAAUGCAGCUGCUCAAAGGAUUCCCAAUCCUGCCUCUCAGGUUGCCCAAAAUAUUGUACCAAGGCCUAGGACUGUAUCUCAGUCUGUAUCACAACCUCAAACUAAGCCUGUAGCACAAUCUAAACAAUUUAAUGCACCUCAGGCUGCUCAAAAUCAGAGACCUCUAGCCCAGAUACAGCCGAUCCAGAGAAUACAGCCAAAGCAAUUGGUGCCAAGUCAGGUUCAGAGACAAGCACCUAGUCAACAGAAUUUGCCUCAAAGAACUCAGCAGAGUUCUUCUCAGAUGGCAGUUUCAAUGCAUCCAAGGCCUGAUGUUUCUAUGAGUGCUAAACCUCCAGCUGGAGUCCCUCAAAAGCCUCAAACGAUCUCUGCUAGAGCUUAUCAGGUAUCUUCAAAUGUUGGAAUGAAAGAUCUGAUGCAAAAGCAGUCUCAGGCUUCCGGCUCAAACACUGGUGCAAAACCUCCUACCCAACAAGUUCAGGCUCAUAGGCCAGUAGUACAGAGCAAAGUUCAAGCCGAUACUUCUUCAAGUACUGAUGAUAUUUCAAUCAUUAGAGAGUUACAGUCUCAUUCAAAAGCAAACCAAAGUAAAUCGUUAGAAAGUCAGCAAGAUGUAAUUGACCUGACUGAUAGCCAAACAACUAACGAUGAAGAGCCAAAAAGCACUGGAAUUAGUCAUCAUGGAGAGACUCAAGCUACUGGCUCUUCAAUAGGCCAAGCUAGCAAGACAGCUAAUGAACAAACAAACCAGCAUAAAGAACACAAUUUAGAGAAGAAUGAGCCUCAUAAUUCAAAUACUGACCAACUAACUCAAAAUUCUAAUACAGUUCAGCCAGAAAUGCAAUUCGAGGAAGAGAAAGUGUCCUUCUCUGAAACUCAUGAGAAGAAAACUCCAGCUACCAGUAACUUUGCAGAUGCUUUCAAAAAGUUUGAAUGGCAUUUUAGACAAAAAGCAUCUCAAAUAUACAGAAUUGAGGCUGACGGAAGCCAGACUGCACUCUCAACUGUGAAGACUGUAUUCCUUCCAAAGUCUGUCUAUACUCCUGACAAGCGUGUCUUCCUUCUAGGAGGAGCUCUUGAUCACCAGAUCAAAGAAACUGUGGAUCAUUGAGUUGAAAUGAACUUCUCUAACUCAAGCAUGCAAUCUUUUGAGAGAGCCCCAAUGCCUAUUGGAAAAGCUAGUUUCGGCUGAACUCUUAGUCAAGACCAUACAAAGAUUUAUAUUGCUGGAGGAUACAAGAAAGACAAUGUAGUCACAAACACUGUUGAAGUUUAUCAUAUUGAUACAGAUACCUGGACUUCGCUACCAAAUAUGUCUAACUUCAAAUGUUCAUCUGCUCUUUGUGAAUAUAUCUCAACUGAUGGCUCUAGAUGGCUCUAUAGCUUUGGAGGGCUCAUAAAACCGUCAACAAAUACUGGUGUUCAUUUACUCCCCACCAUUGAAAGGAUCAAUCUCGACAAAGCAGAUUCUUGGGAAGAACUAAAUGUAUCCUUCCCUAUAAACCUCUGUGAUUCAGGAGCGAUGCAAAUCGACCCAAGAACUAUUAUGAUUUACGGAGGUUGGAAUCAGGCUGCUACUCCAUCUGUUCAUUUAUUCCACCCAGAAAACGAAGUGAAAACUGUAAUUGCUUGCAGAGAUGAUGGAAACCUUCAAGAUGCUGACUUCUUCCUCUGAAAUGGAUCUGUUGGAAGAAUCUCAAAUGAGUCAAGUAAUGUAAGAAUAGUUGGCCACAACCAUACUCACGACUUUAACCUAGUGACCAGGAAAUUCAAAACAGCGUCUUCUUAA